AUGUGCGAUAGAAACCCCUUGAAUGUCAGUUCUUGUUUCGACUCUCUCAAAUUCACAAGGGGUGUUUUAUCGAGACUGAAUUUCGACGACCAUUCACCAAAAGCUAAAAAGAUGCAACUUUACUUCGUAAACUGUUUGGUGGGAUUCUUCGUGGUGGUGGCGGCGACUAUUCCCACUGCGUCGGCAAGUCUACCGUCUUUUUUGCUCAAACAUUCUGAGAAAGCUGAUAUGAUUGAUUCCGAAGCGCUUGACGCAAAUGAAUUUAACGAACCUCUUAUGGAGCUCACCCUGGAUGAAAUUGCGGAAGUUGAACUGGCGAAGAAGAAGAAGAAAAAAAAGCCGAUGCAUUUUAAAAAAUACGUCAAGGUCAACUUGCUGGAGGGUGCCGACAGCACUGGAUUUCCGCUCGAUUAUUACGAAGUCGAGGAAGGACAAUCGUUGAUACUUACCUGCGUGAUUAACGCCUAUCCCCAAGCUGCUGUUGACUGGGUUCGCGGUGAAGAUCCAAAAGCCGGGAUAAAGGAGCUGGAGGAAAAGAGUAUCGCCAGGGCAUCGCUAGGCCUAGAUUCGAACAAGUUAGUUAGCGUUCGCGUGAAAUACGUAGUCGAUUGCGUGACGCAGCAACACGCAGGGCCUAUCCAUUGCGUCGGAGUGUCCGGUGACAACCAAGAUUAUCAGUCGCUGAAUAUAGUCGUCAAAGAAAGCAAGACAGGUAGAAAAAUGUGCAGUCCGAAGGUGCCGCGAAUUCUCCCGCCAGUGAUAACGCACAGCCUAAAUGGGGUAUUUUCUCUGAUGAAAUCGACCGUCGUGCUACCGUGCGCAGCGAAAGGUUUUCCGAAGCCGACAACCCGAUGGAUCAAACUGCAAGACGAGAACGGUGUAUCUGAAAUGCCCGAGAGCCGUUUCACGGUUCUCAAAAGCGGUGAAUUAAUCAUAAAAGAUUUGCAGUGGAACGACACGACCGUGUAUAAGUGCAUAGCGGAAUCGAUAGCUGGGAGCGAUAGCAUCGAGACGUUCGUCUAUUCGCUGAAAGAUUCAAAUGACAGAACGGAAAGAAGGACGGAAGAAUAAGGCCUCGACGGAAAAACAUUUGACGAAAAUAUAAUCAAACAAGAGGCGACAAAAUGGAAAACUAUUCGGCUAUCAAGAGUACUUUCAAUAACUGUUCCUAGUUUUUUAAUUAUAACUGACUAUGCUAAAAAAAAAAAAAUAAUAAUAUCGUGCCGGCUAAGAUUUCUGUACAAUUGCGUACGAAUGAGUGCUACGUAUUAUCUAGUCACUAAGUGUUAUGUGAACUCUGUAAGUUUAUGCCGGAGCAAUAUGGUCGGUGAUUCGAUUACCGUAUGCGCUCGUGAUACAUUCUGCUUCGAAAAUAUUUCAUUCUGUUGUAAAUGUACGUAAUUUGCCAACUUGAUUCGCAUACAAUCGUCCAACACUUUGCCUCAUUCUAUUUUUAUUAUCUAAAUAUUAUUAUUAUUGAUAAUAUUACUAUUUCCAUCGUCGUCACGAAUGUUGUUAAUGUUGUUCGGGUUUGGUUUUUUUUUGAGGUGUAUGCGGGAAGCACGAUGUCUGAGCACAUCAUCUGAGGUAUUUAGAUUCGGAACAAUUGUGUACUUACUGACGAAUAAACGUAUUUUUGUCAUAUUGUCAAA